AUGAAGCCAGAUGAUAACGUCAGAUUAGACCGGGAUUAUGACUCAUUUAUGUUUCGAGACUUUUCAAAAUGUCACAUCUCACAACAGGUCCUAUCCAGUUUUCUCAGCCGUGUGGCUACAAUGCUAGCAAAAGACACUACAAAGCUUAAGGGCAAGAAGAAAGCCAAAAAUGAAAAGGCACAAAAUCCAGAGAAGGCUCAAGCUUCACCAGCCAAAAAAGUAAAUCAGAAAGCUGGAGCAGAGCAAGGAAAAGCUGCUUUUGUUGUUGGGAAACCCAAAAAUAAGAAAGGAGAAAGCAACAGCUCUUAUCGAAGGAAACCUUCAAUACAAGUGAUGGUGGAAGAUACCAUUCAUGAAACUCAGGAAACAUCUGAAGAGAUACAAGAAGAGGAGGACAAUGACACAGAAAAAAGUGAAGACUCUUAUGUUGUCAUUGAAUAUCACGAGAGAACCCCAACUCCAACACAGUCCAAAGAUAUUCAUCCUGAAUCCGAAUCACCCAAGGCAUACAACCAGAUAUCAGAACAGACAGAUGACAACCAGGUUACUGCCACCCUUGAAGUAACAAGUCAAGCCAAUGAAGAUGAUUAUUCAAAUAGUGAAACAUCAGAGGUCACAAGCAGUUCUAUCCGCCAGAGGAGGUCAUCAAGAGCCCAUGAGAUCUCAGAGAAAGCAGAGAGGAGAAGACUUGAGGUCGAAAGGAAAAGAAGAGAACGAGAGGAACAGUUACGCCUAGAGAAAGAGCAGCAGGAAAGACUGGACAAAAUGAAGGAAGACCUUGAGCAAGAGCAGCUAAGAAGGGCAGAGGAAAUACGUCUGCGGAAGAAACAAGAGGAAGAAGUAAGGCAGCGCCAGGAACAGGAGAGGGCUUGCAAAAUGCAACUGGAACAGCAAGCACUAGAGAGAGCGAGGCAGCAGCAAGAGGAACACCGUCACAAGCUGCAAGAAAUGCAGAGGAGGAAACAGCAGGAAGAGAUGGCAAGAAUAGAAAUGGAGCGUCAGAGACAGAGAGAACAGGAGCACCUAGAAGCAGAAGAACGUCUGCGACUUCUAGAAAUGGCAGCUGAGGAAAGAGAGGAGUACCAAAGAAAGAAGCGUGAAAGAGAAGAACAGGCCAGGCAGGAAGCAGAGGAGAGGAAACGGAAGGCAGAGGAAGAAGCAAAGGCUAUAAUGGAAGAAGCACAGAGACAAGCUCAACUGUUGGCCAAGCAAACAGCAGCUCUGGAGCAACAGCUGCAGUUUAAUCGAGGGCUUCUGCAGGAAUCAGUUGGCAUGGACCAGACACAAGGCAUCUCCAGACCUUGGGUUUUCUCCUAUUUUGAGUUUCUGGAGCUACUUGGAAUGCCUCUUCCAGUAGAAGGGGAGUAAGCUGAAAAAUACAACACACGUCUACAUAGUAAAUCUACAGGUUCAAAUGAGGAUUUCCCUAUUCAACUGAAAUGGGUGAAACACCUAAAAUAUUGGGAAAAAAAGGCAUGAUAUGAAUUUCCAUUUACCAGCUAGAAAAUGGAUUACAGCCUCAGUCCCACAACUAGUAUUGCAUAGUAACAUAUUACCACAUACUUUAAAUAAAAA